GCGCGCGGACCUCGCACCCCCAACCUCAACCCCAACCCCCUCAUCAACGUGCGCGACCGGCUGUUCCACGCGCUGUUCUUCAAGAUGGCUGUCACCUAUUCGCGGCUCUUCCCGCCCGCCUUCCGCCGUCUCUUCGAGUUCUUCGUGUUGCUCAAGGCCCUGUUUGUGCUCUUCGUCCUGGCCUACAUCCAUAUCGUCUUCUCCCGCUCGCCCAUCAACUGCCUGGAGCAUGUGCGUGACAAGUGGCCUCGCGAGGGCAUCCUGCGUGUGGAGGUGCGGCACAACUCGAGCCGCGCGCCCGUCUUCCUGCAGUUCUGUGACGGCGGAGGCCCCGGGAGCUUCCCGGGCCUGGCCAUGGAGCCAGGCAGUAGCCUGGACGUGGAAGACGAGGAGGAGGAGGAGCUGACCAUGGAGAUGUUUGGGAACAGCUCCAUCAAGUUUGAGCUGGACAUUGAGCCCAAGGUGUUGAAGCCGCCGAGUAGCACAGAGGCCCUGAAUGACAGCCAGGAGUUCCCCUUCCCCGAGACGCCCACCAAAGUGUGGCCACAGGACGAAUACAUCGUGGAGUACUCGCUGGAGUAUGGCUUCCUGCGCCUGUCGCCGGCCACCCGCCAGCGUCUGAGUAUCCCUGUCAUGGUGGUCACCCUGGACCCCACGCGGGACCAGUGCUUUGGGGACCGCUUCAGCCGCCUGCUGCUGGAUGAGUUUCUGGGCUACGACGACAUCCUCAUGUCCAGCGUGAAGAGUCCCGGGCCUGUGGCCACGGCGCCCAGCUCCCUGGUGGCCGCAGCAGCCUCAGUGGCAGCAGCUGCUGGUGGUGACCUGGGCUGGAUGGCAGAGACCGCUGCCAUCAUCACAGACGCCUCCUUCCUGUCUGGCCUGAGCGCCUCCCUCCUGGAGCGGCGUCCAGCCAGCCCACUGGUCCCUGCCGGGGGCCUCCCUAACGCCCCUCAGGACAGUGUCCCCACGAGUGACUCCGCAGCUUCCGACACAACUCCCCUGGCAGCUGCAGUGGGCGGGCCUAGCCCGGCCUCCAUGGCCCCAACAGAGGUGCCCUUGGAGGCUGGGUCCUGAGCCGCACAGCUGAGCCGCCUCUGACCCCUGCUGGCUGGGCCUGACCUUCUGGAGCCUGUGGGGGCUGGGGAGUCGCCACCUCCUUCCUCUGGAACUGCCCAGCCUGUGUCGGGGGCUUUCAGGGUGUCAUGGGGUUUGCCCGGAAGGCGGGCUUCCCUCCCCGUGGUGUGAGGUUGUGCCCGAGGCUUGUACCUGCUAGUGAGCUGUUUGAGCUGGCCAGCAAAGAGAGGGGGUGGGGUUCCGUGGAAGGUUCUGGAGGGGGCUUGGUGAAAGGUCUGUAGUGAACCGUCUUGAGGAUGGAGUGGGGUCCCAUGGUGCAGGUCUCUGAGCAAGGCGGAGGUGUGGAGGAGAGGCCGGGAUGGAGCGGGGCUUUGGACCCUAGCGCUGUCCCUUCCGGCCUCAGCCCGGCUCUGCCUGGUGCUCCCUGCAGUGCCUUCUCCAUGGCCCGGCCCUCCCCGCGUGUGCACCAGGCCUGGGGUUCCCGGGAGAGUAGAGCUUGUGCCUCGGGCAUAGGGACGUGGGGUGCAGGCGCCAACAUCAGUGGCAGCAGCCAGGGCUGUGGGCCAGCCCCACUCGGGGUGGAGUGGGCCGGGGGCCAAACCAGUCACUCGGAGAGGAAUGCGGAGGAGCGCGCAUUCCAUUCUAUUUAAUUGCAGUGUACAAAAUUGUGUUUGUAUAUAGAAUAAACUGUCUGUUGACAGCGGC